AUGGAUCAUCAUACAUGGAAUCGCUUUAGUCGCCUCUUGGACGCCCCGGUAGACCCAUGUGUCGAGGCCAUCAAACACUGGCAAUAUGUUCACACCGAGAGAAGCAGAGUGGACAACCUGCUAGCCGAAAUUUGCGAUGAUACAGAUACCUUCGACGCUUCCGAGUCUUGGGCUAUCGAGCAAGAGGCCAUUGUUGCAGAGUUGUAUCGUCAUCUCGAUGAGGUCUACAAAACUUUCGAACGAGGCGACCACACCAAGUUCAUCACUCACAAACCGUCAGCGGCAAAGCUUCUAAAUCCGUUGCCUGUUCCCAAAUACGCCUUCAAGGAAUGGCUGAAGCAAUGCCGAAAGAUGUCUGAGAAGCCUGAACUCAUCAGACAGCUACCACGACCUCCGUUCAUUCCAUGCUCGAAAGUUGGCUGUGACGACACUCUUGCAUCCUCCAAAACUUGUGUACACAGCCUAGAAAUAUUUUAUCGCGGUGCUGAGCUUAAUCACAAGGAAUUGAUCAAAGAACGUAAUUUCUGGCAUCCGGAUCGCUGGAGUAGAGUGCCUCAGCCUCAUCGGCAAGAAGUAGAGCGGAUGGCGAUACUGGUCUUCCAAGUACUCCAGCCUCUUUGCGACGGUAUAAGAUGA